GCUUGUACCAUCAAUUGCUCAACAAUAUAAAGGUGCAGGUGAUCAACAAUUUCUUUCAGACAAUGUAUGGGGAAAAGUUAGAAGACGUUCAUUGAGUUUUGAUAGUUAUAGUUGUCAUAUAUUUGGUGGUCGGCCAUUUCUUUCUCAACGGCCAUUAAGUGAUAAUUGUUUUCUUGGAUGUAUAAGACCAUGUUGCAUCACUACAACCUCUCAUAAUUCUAAUAAUCCAAACAACACUUGUCCACCAGCUUGUCGACCAAAAGAUCAUCAAGAUUGGAUUUAUUGUUAA